AUGCUCGGAAGCGUCGGCAGCUGCCCGACACCACGGCUGGUCGCGCCACUCGGCUUCCUCCACCUUCCCUUUGCGCCCACACCUUCGACGCUCUACUGGCUCCGGCUGCUCGUCAACUUUCGCAUCAGCGCUACCUCACCAGUCACAUCCAGCACGAGGCAGCACCUUCGGAACCAAGCCUACAACGCUCAAGCUCGUCGUCAAGUCUGCCCGGCUAGGUUAACACCCGUUCCUAUCGGCUGCCCCUCGACCGUUGCCACCUCCGCGAGCACCGCCUGCUCUCUGCCCGAAGUGACCCUCUCGCAAGCAGAUCGACCCCUUCCGCGCUUCACCAAGAUGACUUCGUCGCCAUCUGGCAACACGCUGCUGCUCAAGCGUCAGCUCACCGAGCUGCGCAAGCGUCCCGUCGACGGCUUCAGCGCCGGCCUCAAGGACGAGAGCAACCUCUUCGAAUGGGAGAUCAUGAUCAUCGGCCCCAACGAUACGCUCUACGAAGGCGGCUUCCUCCGCGCCGAGUUGAUAUUCCCACCAGAGUACCCGCUUCUGCCGCCCAAGAUGAAGUUCAUCACACCCAUGUGGCAUCCCAACAUUUACGCCGACGGCACCGUCUGCAUCUCCAUCCUCCACGCCCCGGGCAAGGACGAGUACGGCUACGAAGACGCCAGCGAGCGUUGGCUUCCCGUGCACACCGUCGAGUCGAUCCUCAUUUCGGUCAUCAGCCUGCUGUCGGCCGACGUGCCCAACACCGACUCGCCAGCAAACAUCGAUGCCGCCAAGCAGGUCAGAGAAGACCUCACAGGCUACAAGAAGAAGGUUCGAAGGCUGGUAAGGCAGUCGGCAGAGGAAGCAUUCGACUAG